AUGCCUAGUCAGCACCCUAAAGAUGAGAAUGGCGUAUUCCAGCCGUGCUCACCGGACCACGUUGGGACUCUGUAUGUCCAUAACGCGAAGAGCAAGUCCUGUGACGAGUGGAAGUUAUUCGCCAACGAAGAACUCAUAGUGGGCAGGAACUCAAGCUCAUGUCAUUUGGUCAUUGACGACCCUAUGGUUUCCAACAUACAUCUUCGUAUCUACUCAAUCAUAUUUGACCAAGAGAACCCUUUACAGGUUGCACCUCUCGUGUAUGUCCAGGACCUAUCCCUCAAUGGAGCCUUCUGGAAUGAACUUAAAAUAGGAAAAGGGAGCGGAGGGUUCCUCUUAAGUGACGGGGAUAUGGUGAAAAUUUGCAGCAACGUCGUGAUAGAGUACAGGGGUGCGAAAGUGCUUCAGACGCCUUUUGACCGAGUCCAGACGCAGGAGAUGAAACACUUCGAUAAGCUGUACGCCAUAACGAACCGUACGUUAGGCUGUGGAGCAUAUGGGCGAGUACACAUGUCCAUUGACAAGAAGAAGAAACGACAGCUGGCGUGCAAAAUAGUAAACCUAGGAGACCUGAAAGCCAGGCUUCGACAGGUUGAGAUGGGAAAAAUUCCUCCAAUAGCUGCUUCGGAAGCACGUAAGACAUCUAAGCGCCUCACAUAUAGGGUACAGGCCAAACUUCGGAUGUACGACCGGGAGGUGGAAAUUUUGCAGAAGCUACGACAUCCCAACAUCAUCAAUAUUGAAAAGGUUUUCAAGACAGAGAAUACUAUGUAUAUAUUCCAAGAUCUUGUCACGGCAGGCGACUUAUUCUCCUUCCUUGAGUUCAAGAACGGAAAGCUUCUAGAUGUGGAGGCAGCUGUGAUAAUCCGACAAGUUGUGAUUGCAUUAGUAUACCUACAUGAUCAGAAUGUUGUCCAUCGGGACUUGAAACCGGAUAACGUGCUAAUGACAUCCUUGUCCAAUGGAGCCCGGGUGAUAUUAACUGACUUUGGGUGUGCUCGGUACCUGAACCCCAAGAAGUCACGUAUGGCCUCCGUGAUGGGAACCCUGGAGUAUACAGCACCAGAGAUGGGUCAAGGGUGCCACAAGCCAACUAAAGGGUAUACUAAAUCUGUUGACCUGUGGUCUCUAGGCUGUCUCACAGUUGUCCUUCUGACAGGUGGUUCACCGUUCAGUGAUCCAGUGACUGGUAAAUAUUGUGGAAAACUCGCCAAACAAUGUAACCUCGGUGUUCUCGAGCAGGAUGAAGACUGGAAGAAUGUAGGUGGCCGUGCAAAACAGUUUGUCCGUGGCCUUCUCGUCCUUGACGACGAGCAGCGAAUGACGGCCGAGGAAGCAUUGAACCAUGAUUGGUUCACCAACAGUGCGCACAGCCAAGCUUUCAACGAGCUCUACCUGCGUGCAAUCCAGGGAUGGGAGCCACGAGACGAAAAAGAGAGGGUUUUAUAUGACCUGCAGUAUGUACAGGGGUCUAUGGGCGAGUACAGCUUCUGGCAAGGUAGGAGUGCAAUUCGGCUUUCUCCAGGAAGCCAGGGGCACAAUCUAAAGAGUACGUCCUCUGAGGAUGAGGUCGGAGAGUCGUCGUACUUCUCUAUCUCGCGCCGGAAUGCUGUUGGAACGGGGUUCGGGCGAAACAUAUCAAUAACGCUCUCAGACCCAGGAAACAAAAAGACCCCUGACAUACUACAUAGUAGCACGGAUACUCCUUUCCCUCACUCUCCACAAGGGUCAACGGCUCAAAAGCGGGAUGGUACAUUAACAGUCCUAAAAAGGGCUAGAGUCCGCUUUGAAGCGACCAGCCAUGAUGAUGCAGCUGACCACCAGGCCAAGCCGCGUAUCAGGAACCCGUUUAGUCCCGAAGCAUGGGACAAGAGUGAUCACGAACCAGUUCAACGGCCGAAAGGAACGCAGUCCAACACGAGUGUGGGUGAUAAUACGGAGCACGAGCAACCAGAGGUCGCAACUGAAGGCGAAUGGGAUCUUAAUGUGGCAGGAAAUGUCAGAGACCCCUCACCGGUCACAAAACGAAAACGGAAAGAUGCUAUCGCUCCUAGGUUGGAGACGGCUACUGCCCUUCAUACCCAUAGGGUUCAUUUCAAUGGUGUACGCUCUUGGCCAAAGCGCAACACCAAUGGUGAUAGAUCCCUUUUGGAGGAGGACGAGGUGUUUGAAGAGGUACUUGACCCUCUGACUGGGAAGUGUCGUGCAGUCAGAUAUGGUGAGCAUUAG